CCGUGAGAAGUGUAGCGUCGUCUCUCCCUCUCGCUCCAUCUGCUCGGUUGUACAUCGUGCACGCACGUGGGUUGCAACGCCUUUGCCAUUUUUCCGAUCUACGCACUGCUCGAUCCUCAAACCUUAAAACAAAUUUGGGGCUGUGAACAGCAAUCUACUGCAAUAUCGACCCUUCUGAUAUGGCCACCGGUUACGAUAAAAGCCAAUAGAAAAUAGAUGAGAGUUGAAUAUCAUAUCUACUUUCUCAGUGAUAAGAGGAUUUUAUAUUUAGAAAACUCUACCUUUAAAGAGCAGUGUUUCAGAGAAUUAGCCUUAUCCUUUUGAAGGAUUUAGAAAGUAAAUCACGUUCAGCAGUGCUGGAGUAGUAGCAGAUAAUCACCAGAUUAAAAAUCCUUUCAGUAACCAUCGCUGGUACUGAUAACUUUCCUAUUGAAGUGACUUAAUCUCACCUCUGUGACCUGUGGGAAGUUGGUUAUCGUCUACUUGCUCUUUACAUCUAUGUGAUUUUUAUUUUUGUUAGCAUUUUGACAUUUCCAUUUUCUGUUGCCAAGAAAAGAAAAAUAAUAGUAUCAGUAGUGAAAUCGUUAAAAGCAAAAUUAUUGUGGCUUCCGGGACUACUGCAGCCGCAGAAGGCAAAAUGAUACCCUUUUUGUGUACCUAAAGUGGAUUAAUACCGAAUAUUCUGAAGGCAGGUUCGUAACUUCCAAGUCAUUCUAAUUUGAAAAUUUAAAUAAUAACAAAAACCGCAUUACAAUAGUGAAUAACUAGAGUGAUUGUCUUUAUAAAAGCUGUAAAACAACUGUAUAAAAAGUGAGAGUAAAUUUGAUAUUCGUUAGUUCAAGAACAAAUUUUACGAAAACCCGGAGAAUAAACUGAGCCAUUUGUGCACUAAGUAACAAGUAGCACAGAUGAAGCUCCACUAGCGUCAGCCAUGCUUGUGGUUUGACGUCAGUUCCGCCACGGCCACCAACUGGAAUAUUUGAUAAGUCUCUGGCUGGCUGGCUGGAAGGCCUCUGGAACCCCAAAAAAGCAAUCAUGGACACCGUCUCCAGGGCCGCCCUUCUUAUCGUACUGCUGUUGGCUUACACCCGGCCUGGUGUGGCCCUGAGCAUCCUCAAGACAGUGAUUCCCUUUUAUAAGAUCAGGGGCGAGGACGCCCAGCUGAACUGCGAUUAUGACCUGGAAGGGGAGCCCUUGUAUUCCGUCAAGUGGUACAAAGACGACGAGGAAUUCUAUCGUUACAUGCCUGCGUCGAACCCUCCCAUGAACAUAUUCCAUAGGCCUGGCGUCACUGUUGAGACUUCCAGAAGCAAUGCCAGUAGGGUGGUCCUCACAAACCUCGACUUCAGGUCCUCUGGCUUAUACAGAUGCGAGAUCUCUGCUGACGAUUCGUUUAAUACACUGAAUCGCUUCAGGAGAAUGAUGGUUGUUGAGCUGCCGACGAGAGCUCCCCAGAUCAGCGGCGUCAGGGAGAAGUACGUGAGCGGAGACACCUUGCAUGCCAACUGCACCGCCGGGAGCUCUCACCCUGCAGCAACCAUCACUUGGCACAUCAACGGUGAUGAGGUUCCACACAAAUAUACGUAUGCUUACCCGCCAAUCUUGGACAAGGACGGCCUGGAAACCUCCGUCUUGGGACUUCGACUCAAACUCAGAGACCGCCACUUUUCCGGGGGCGUCAUCCUCCUGAAAUGCACCGCGACGGUAGCCGCCCUUUACACCCACAGCGACCAAGAUUUCCUGCAGGUGGACGACGGGAAACUCCAGCCCAUUGUCUUGGAGCAGAGGAAUUCCUUGAUAAGUGUGAAUGUAUCUAACAGACUGGACAAGAACGUCGCCCUGCUGUUAACGAUCGUGACGAUAUUGGUGGGCUUCAGAAGACAUUGAUGGUCUCAGGAGCUAAUUCUUUCAUUGAUUGAUGGUGCUGUGAAUCCGAAGGGAGUCGCGAUGAGGAUAUACUAUUAGAAAGUUAAGCGUCAGUUGAACGCUCCCCUCAGAAAUAUACGAGCCCGGAAGGAAUACUUGGGAAAAGUUAAGGAAGACAUCUAGUAUAUGAGUAAUCUUAAUAUCACACGUCCGGCAGUGAACGAAUAAUGAUCAUUCAUAAGUCUGUCAGUAAAAGAAUGAAAAUACUUCUAUAACAGUCAGCGAGACAUGAUUUCCUUGUGUAUGUUAUUGUGACUCAUCGUUGGAAUAAGCUGACAAAAUUUCCGGUAGAAAAAAAUGGGGAUUGAAUUAAAUGUGAAUAUACUCAUACCAGACUGAUGGUGUAAAUGCGGUAUCAUUCCGAAUUAUAAAGUUACUGCAGUUACGCAUACGUAUGGCACUGCCACAUUCUCAUUAAGGGUGCAGAUUUAAUUUUCCGCUGUUGUACUGUGCAUGUUAAGUUUUAAUAUUCGUGUAUCGUGUUAAUGGUGGUGUUUUGAAAGCAAUGAUUAUACUGGGUCAUAUGAACAAGUGAUGGCCAUAUUAAGAUUAAACGGCUUGUUUCGUAAUUACAGCGAUGAAAGACGCAAAACAAAUUAUAGAUAAGUAUAAGUUGAUUGGAACUUCUUUCGAGUAUCUAUCAAGGAUUUUAAAAAUUAGUCCACGAAGCUGUUUGCUAAUAUUCCAAACCUCUAAUAGGAAUAAAUCUGCAUUGUAAAUAUUUGUCAAGAGUAAGUUACUGGAAGGUAACUGAUGAGAGAGAAGGAAGAAUUUGCUCUUAUGAAGAGAGACUGUUGGUUGUUAAUAGAAAUAUAUUCUUUCGUGGUAUUUGUGAGACAAUGCUUCUAAUAUAUGCGGAAAAUUAUGAGAAAUAUUACUAAGACUGACGGGUAUCUCACCGUGGCUCUUUAUAAAGACAGGAAUCCCAAAGGAAAGAAUUUUAUUGGUAGAAUUACCUGUUAAUCAUAGAUAUAUCACUUGUCAGAGAUAUAAAUUCGGUGUUAAGAAAUCAUAAACAAGUCCACUGUCCAUGUUUCACUUUAUUUACAUAUUGUAGUUACCUGUGAAAGUCUUUAUUUGUGCACAGGGGGUUCAUCUCAGAACACCAUAGUCUUUGUUUGGAUCUAGGUAGAACAUACUAGACAUGGAUUGCAAAAGAGGGUAAGUGGUUUAUUUAAUUUUAUCAAGAUAUUUCGACUGGUAAUUUUCGUGUUAUUUUCAUACAUAUUCAAUAAUUUAUGUCCUUAUUUAUUACUAAAAGUUCUUUGUAGAAGACCAUAAACAGUUAUUUCAGUCAAGCCAGGAAAUCAUUAUCCGCCAAAUGUGAAUAAACAGUGAACUGGCGAAAUACGUGAGGAAGGUUUGUCUAGAUACGUAAGGAUGGCUUCCAAAUUAAUCUGAAAGGUAAUUUUGUUACUGUUACAAGUGUAUGUACCUAAACAGUAUUAGUUUGCAUUAGACUCACAUGUGUAUAAAUGUUAUGGAACUCUAUAUGAUAUAUUCGGUGUACGCAAAGUGAGAACGUUAGAGAUCUUCCUUUUAAGCUCCCGGUUGGCCAGAGUCUGCUAUAAAAAUGUAUAUUGCUGAGCAGCGCAUGAACAAAGCAAAAAGCUUUAUUACACUUUCUCGGACAGUGCAGUAGUGCUUCACCAAAUUUUCUUGGAAUGGACAGUUUGCCAUUGAAAAUGGUCCAUAAAAAGUAAAUGUAUUGAUGAUAAUGAUAUCGAUGAUGAUAAGGAAGAUUACAUGAAAGAAAAGUUUGAAAUUUUUAUGAAACUUUGCUGAGUGAGUAUACUAUUCGUAACUGACAGACACACGAGGCACGUUCAAAAGUCCAGGCAAUGAAAAUGUGUUUUGUGUAAGGCACGGGUCGAAAUUUUAUUCUGAAAACUCCAGUUCCGUGUCUUAUCCGUAGAAACUGUUCAGGAGGGAAAUAAGGUUUUACCAUUCCAAGCCAACCUUGGAAGAGGAAUUUUCUCUCUCAAAUGUAUCCUUUCGCAUCGUGCGUCGCUCAAGUUCUUCUGAACUUACCACUUCCUUCGUUUCGAAAGUCCUCGUUUCCCGUUAUCUUUCCCGGGAAGAAGAGAAAGCUUAAGAUAACUCAGUUCCUUGUACUUGUCCGAUGCAAGUUAGUGAGCUUCUGUUAAUCUGUACUGAGGAAUGAUAUAAACAGACGCUAUAGUUUAGUGGGAAUCAGUGGCCUCGUAGUUUUAUUUCUUACUAGUGCACAUAUCAGAAGCUUCCUCUCCGCAAGCGUGUAACAUUAUGGUGUACAUUUUCCGCCUGUAAUAUAUUUACCCAUUGAAAAUCGCAGUGUAGCAUUUAUAUAUAAAGUAGUUGCACCAGUACAUGAAGCUACGUUCCUUGCACUUAAAUGGUAAAUAUGCAUUUUUAAAAAAGCGCAGAUGGAAGUAUGAAUCUACCAAGGGCGAACAAUUGCAGGCCAUAGAAUGCCAAGAGUUGUCAAGGUUGAGAGCUUAUAAAUAGCUGGGGAAAUGAGUCUGCUGUUGUCAAGCAAGAAACUGACCGUGAGAGAUUGCUGAUGGAAGCAUGUCAUGCUUGUGGAAAUAUUGUUGUUGGGGGACCAGUCUGCUACUGGACUUUUUGUUCUUGAUAACCAUAACCAACUCCUCAUGAGUGAGUGUUAGAGGGAGCAUAAUCUUUUUCUAAUGCAAAGUUUUUUUCGGUUGGAGAACUUAUCUACUACCGAGAAGUUAUUUGGAAAAACAAAAAACGAGCCUACUGCUGAUGAGUAGCGUUUGAUGCCAGGACAGGCUUGCAGAAAAUGGGCGAAUGGGCGCGUGUCUGCUCCUGAUGAGCGUUGGUGUGCAUGAGCACGAACUUGCUACCAAUGAAAUGGACAUUUGUUGCCAAGAGUACGAGUCUGUUGACGAUAAUUGAUUGGUAGUUCGAGCUUGUAUCUGAUACCAAGGAGUGCGUGGCACUGGAAACACAAGCCUACUUCUGUCAAGAGAUUACUGGUAGCAGUGCAAGUUUGCCAAUGAUGAGCGGUUUCCAGUUAGAGGGCAAGUCUGUAGCUUGACUAGAAAUAACUGGCGAUUGUUUGAGUCUGAAGCUGGGAGUAGUUGACAAUGGAAUCAUCAAAUCUGCUGCUGAAUAGGUUUUUACGGUUGAAUGUGGUUCUGGUGGGAGUUCUUUAACUGAAGCAUGAAUCCGAUAAACACGGUUGAUUGUGAGAAGUAACCAGUCUCAUGCUAGCAAGUGAUUCUUGGUUGGAUCACAAGACUGCCUCUUGCAAGCAAUUUCUCACUGGAAUUAGUGUGUUGCUGGCGAGCAAUCCCCAAUGGUAACAUAAUAUACAAUUGCUUGUAAAAGGCCUGCCUACAAAGAAUGAUUGCAAAUAAAAGAACAGGGCUACUGAUGAAUACUUAUCGUUGAACAAAUCAUGAAUGCGCUACCGAUAUUUGAGUGUUAGAAUGAAUGUAAAUCUACUUCUGACGAUCGACAGGUAGUAGAACCAUAUGUUUAAUACUAUCAAGUGAAUGGCUUUCGAGAUACAAAUCAAUGUUGACAUGAAAGUUUGCAGACUGGAACAAAUGCUUCCUGUAAACAAGCUUUUGCUGCUUAAGACAAGAAUUUAAAUCCGAAAAGAUACAGGAAGUGUUCUGGGGAUAAAGACAAGAGGAGUUAUGAGGAUACCGUUCGGUUAACUUCCAAAAUUUAGUAAAUCAACUCGAUUUAAAGGGAACGACGUCAAUUUUGCUCGCAACAGAGGACUCAUAUCUCUAGCGAAUGUUUUAACAAUGAUGAUGAUUUAUUCUCACCUGAACUGAGCCAUUUAAUGAACUUAGGCCAACUUUUUUGUAAAAUAAGAAGAAUGAAUGUUGCUUGAGUAGUCUUAAACUCUCCACUCAGUCCAAAUCUAAUAAAGACAGAAUUAAUUCAUUACUUUUUCCUACAUCUAACCCAGAGACAUAUGUAUACUUUGCAUACAUGCUGAUAUAUAGACAUGCAUAUACAUACACAUGUGAAAACUUCAUAAAAGUGAUGCCAACUGUAAUUAAUCGACAUUACUUGUUUCUCUGAGUCUCUUAAAUACGAUGGUGUGGGAUGUUAAGGUGUCACAUUACUGACAAAAACUGUUAUCAGAUUAUUGUUAUGAUUAUUACUAAUUCUGCUGCUGCUGCUGCAUUGCAUUGCAUAAGAAGAGGUCAAGUUCUCUUCUCGUCUGAAACAGUAAUAACGCCUUCAUAACGUAAAUAACUUCAUGAAAUUCUGUUGCACUUAGGUAACCAUGUAUAUAGAUUCAAAACACAGGAAACAAAGCAUUAGUGACGUAGCUUCUAAUAGAAAUACUAGUUAUUGCAGAAGCAAAAACAAAAGUGUUGACAAGUAAGCCGGUGUUUUGUAGAUGGUAACGUCCAAGAAUCUCCAUUUUCUGUUAUUUUCUUAACUCAUAUAUAUACCUAAACACUAGGAUUUAAUGUGUAAAUGGAGCAUCUUCAGUUGUCCUUUAUCUUUCUCAUUUUUCACAUAUUUACAUGCGUGUGCACAAUACAAAGAUAGCAAUGAACAUGUAAACAUACUUACACACACAUAUACG